UGUUAGUUGAAAAAGGUGGAGCACUUCACGAAGUAAAAGUUGACAUUUAUUUUGAAGCCCAACUCGGAAGCGGCUACGACUCAGGCUAGCUUGAAGCGCCUAGCUUCUCGCGACGUUUUCUGCUGAAAUAAUGUGCAAUUUAUCUGUUUAAAGGCAUUUGUAAAUAGAUUUACAGUCGUCCGGUGGACGACAUUUUAUUGUUCUUGGCAAGAUGAUUCCUACCGAGGACGCGUCCGCCAGGAAGCGAGAAAUUGAGGAGAAACUCCAGCAGGAACAAGAAACUCUGGCCUUCAUCCGCGAGAACCUGGAGAAGAGCGAUCAGCUGACAAAUGGAAUGGUGUCCAUCCUGUCGUCAUUUGAGAGCCGUCUGAUGCAGUUGGAGAACGCCAUCAUUCCGGUCCACAAGCAGACCGAGAACCUACAGCGUCUGCAGGACAAUGUGGACAAGACGCUGUCCUGCAUGGACCACGUUAUCAGCUACUACCACGUGGCCAAGGACACGGACCGCAUCAUUAGGGAAGGGCCUACGGGUCGACUGGACGAAUACCUGGCGUGCAUCGCCAAGAUCCAGAAGGCCGUCGAGUACUUCCAGGACAACAAUCCCGACAGCCCGGAGCUCAACACCGUGAAAGGGCGCUUGGAGAAGGGCAAGGAGCUCCUGGAGGCGGAGUUCCGCAGCCUGCUAACCCGUUACAGCAAGCCGGUGCCGCCAGUCCUCAUCCUGGACGCCAUCGGCGGAGAUGAAGAGCUGGACACCGCCGAGGACGUGCUGCUGGAGCACCUGCCGCAAGCCGUCCUCCACGACAUCAUCUGCAUCGGCGGCUGGCUGGUCGAAUACGGCCGCAAUCAAGAUUUCAUGACGGUUUACUUCCAAAUCCGCUCCAGUCAGCUGGACCGCUCCAUCAAAGGUCUGAAGGAGCACUUUCGCAAGAACAGCGCCUCGUCGGGCAUUCUCUACUCGCCCGCCGUGCAGGCCAAGCGCAAAGACACGCCCACCAAGAAGGUGCCCAAGAGGCCCGGGACCAUUCGCAAGGCUCAGAACCUUCUCAAACAGUACUCACAGCAUGGGCUGGAUGGCAAAAAGGGGGGGUCCAACCUGGCACCAUUGGAAGGUUACGAUCACGACCCGCGAGUCAGGCACGUCUCCGAGGCUCCGGUUGACAAGCUCGCCGGCCCCCCAGGCAGAGACGACGCGCUGGACGCCGAGAUGGACGCGUACAUCCACUGCAUCAGCGCCUUCGUCAAGCUGGCGCAAAGCGAGUACGCCCUCCUGUGCGAGGUCAUCCCCGAGCACCACCAGAAGAAGACCUUCGACUCGCUCAUUCAGGAGGCUCUGGAUAACCUGAUGCUGGAAGGCGACAACAUCGUGGGCGCCGCCCGCCGCGCCAUUCUACGCCACGACUACUCGGCCGUGCUCACCAUCUUCCCCAUCCUGAGGCACCUGAAGAUCAACAAGGCAGACUUUGACGCCACGCUGCAGGGGACGGCGGCCAGCACCAAGAACAAGCUGCCGGCGCUCAUCGCAUCCAUGGAGAGCAUCGGGGCCAAAGCGCUGGAGGAGUUCGCCGACAGCAUCAAGAACGACCCCGACAAGGAAUACAACAUGCCCAAGGACGGCACGGUGCACGAGCUGACCAGCAACGCAAUCCUCUUCCUGCAGCAGCUGCUGGACUUCCACGAGACUGCGGGCGCCAUGUUGGCCUCACAAGUCCUGGGGGACACUUACAAUAUCCCCUUAGACCCCCGAGAAUCCACAUCUUCAUCCAGCAGCUACACGUCAGACUUCAACAAGCGACUCCUCAGCACGUAUAUCUGUAAAGUUCUGGGGAACCUUCAACUCAACCUGCUCAGCAAGUCCAAAGUGUACGAGGACUCUGCUCUGAGCGCUAUUUUCCUCCACAACAACUACAAUUACAUCCUCAAGUCUCUGGAAAAGUCAGAGCUGAUCCAGUUGGUGACGGUGACUCAGAAGCGAGCGGAGAGUUCCUACCGAGAACUCAUAGAGCAACAAAUCCACGUUUACCAGCGCAGCUGGCUGAAAGUGACGGAGCACCUGACCGAGCGGAACCUUCCCGUCUUCCAGCCCGGCGCCAAGCUCAAGGACAAAGAACGGCAGGUCAUCAAGGACAAGUUCAAGGGUUUCAACGAGGGUCUGGAGGAAAUUUGCAAGAUCCAGAAGGGGUGGGCCGUCCCCGACAAGGAGCAGAGAGACUUCAUCCGGCGGGCUCAGAGGACCGUCGUCAGUGACGCUUACGCCGCGUUCCUGCGCAGAUGUGCCAACCUGCCUUUCACCAAGAACCCCGACAAGUACCACAAAUACCGUCCGGAGGAAGUGGAGGACAUGAUCGACAGACUUUUCGACACCUCCGCUUGACAUGUCAUGUUACAGUUUGUCCAAAUGUUAUUGCCACUAAAUAAAUACAUCAAGAAAAAAAAAAUGAUCAUAAGUCCAAGUGUCAUUCAUUGAAAAAGGUCAUCUCGGGAAGCAGAAAGUGCAAUUUUGGAGUCUUUGGUUUCAAAAUAAUGUCAUCUUGAACCUUCUGAGAUAACCCACAUACUUUACAUUAAACUCAUUCACUCUCAGCCAUUUUCACCGCAGCAACCCCCUUCACUCCCGGCCAUUUUACUGGAUUUUGACUGAUUUUGCAAGGCCCACAGAAAAUUCUGUUCUAUUGCUAUAUAAACAUGGAACCCACAAAAAGAAAGAUUACUCUCUUCUGUCAGCAGCAAAAAAAAAAAGUUGGUUCAUAUCUUUUUCCAUUCUUUAGAAAUCAGCAUUAGAAAAUAGCAUAGUUUGAGCAAUUUUCCAAAAAACGGAGAAAUAGAGCUUUUUGUAAAAGCAUACAUUUCAAACAUAACUUUGACUUUAACACAGCUAUUUUUUGCUUUUGUGACAUCCCAAACAUCUGUUUUCCUUCUACAAAAUAACAUAAACAACAAGACAAAUAGAGCUUUUGAUAGAAAAGUAACAAUUUAUUUACACAUAACUAAUCUAUUGAACUGAGAGAUGACGCAGUUGUGGCCGUGGCUGUCUCGGCAGACGGGGUAAACUUUUCCCUCAUCACUGCCAGUCUCAUCAAGUUACUGUAGAUUUUUUUAAUCUUUCUUUGACGAUUGUGUCGUUUUCUUUCCAAAACACUUCUCCAGUGUCGUUUCCCUUAUGUUUUACAUCGUUCUCCACAUUUUUCUCACGCUUCUUACUUCUUCCAACUUCCGUUUCCUGACUAUUCCUCUUCACUUCACUUUCUUUUAUGGUCCGAUAUGAGUUCUUACCAAAUGCGCUACUGCCCUCCAGUGGCCAGUUUCAUUGCUUUAAAAUGGAUUUUGAGCAUUGUGCUUUGGAGCGAUGUUGCAUCAGAA